AGAUACCCGGUAGGGAUUUUUCUUUUACAGUAGGUUGCGGUCAGGAUCAAAAGGGAAGAGUUGGGCUCAGGGUCACGUGGGUGUCACCACAGGUACUGAGCUGCGCUUAAGGCCCGCCAGGUGUACCCGCCCAGUGGUGUCUCUCCCGCUUAGGACCCUUCACCCCACCAGACACUGGAGGUGGGAGACAGGAAGGUCAUCCUGAGCCCAGCCUCUGGCGCGUCCGGGCGCGGCGAUCGCAGGGGACAGACAGAGCAGCCACGCCGCUUGGGCUACGCCGGGCGCCCGCGCUGCGCCGAGCCGACUCGGAGGCGCCGCAGGCUUGCGGUUGUAGCCGGGGGAGAGGCCGACCCGUGGAAGUUGCAUCCUGGAUAGCCCGGGCUGCGCUACUGAAGAGCUCGGAGCCAGAGCUCGGCCGAGCCUCCCGCCCGGAUCCCGGGCAAAGACCGCCCAAAACCUGGUGCUGACCUUCGUCUGCACCGCUCUAUGGUGACCCGAAUCUCCGCUGCCCGAGUUGCAGCGGCUCUGCACCCCAAGGACUGCCAGAGCGCCCGGGAAUCUGCAAGCCUGGGGCCUGGAUUCUCUUCAGAGACUCAUACUGAGCGGUAGAACCUGUGAAGGGCAAAGGAUUGAGCUCAUUGACUUGAUUCCCCCUUCGUCCACUUGUGUUAUCUACUGAGAGAGUCCCAAGAAGCAACUGUUCACUCUGAGGAAAGAAGCCACCAUGAUUUACCAAAACAAGAAAUAAUCCACGUGAUCACAAGAUGAGUCAGGAUGGAUCCUGAAGCUGCGGAACUGGAGAAGCGACAUGUGCACAGUGUGUACAAGAACACUGCCCCCUACUUCACUGACCUGCAGAGCAAAGCCUGGCCGCGUGUCCGCCAGUUCCUGCAGGACCAGAAGCCAGGCAGCCUCGUCGCUGACAUUGGUUGUGGAACUGGAAAGUAUCUUAAAGUGAACAGCCAAGUCCAUACUCUGGGCUGUGACUACUGUGGGCCUCUGGUAGAGAUUGCCCGGAAUAGAGGGUGUGAAGUCAUGGUAUGUGACAACCUUAAUCUCCCCUUUAGGGACCAGGGCUUCGAUGCUAUCAUCUCCAUAGGAGUCAUACACCAUUUUUCUACAAAAGAAAGAAGAAUUAGAGCAAUAAAGGAAAUGGCCAGGGUUUUAGCUCCCGGAGGCCAGUUGAUGAUUUAUGUUUGGGCAAUGGAACAGAAGAACCGACACUUUGAGAAACAGGAUGUACUUGUGCCGUGGAACAGGGCACUCUGUUCCCGGCUGCUGUCAGAAUCCCACCAGUCAUGGGGUCAUCACUGUGAGCAUCCCACGAGCCGAGGCUUCCAGGGUCCGGGUUCCGUGUGCAGCUGCGCAGUGUGUUUUAAGGGCAGAUGUGAUUCCAAACGAUCCCACAGCAUGGACUAUGGGUCUGCGGUGGCCAGAACCUGCUGCGAAGCUAUUUCAAAGGAAGGCGAGCAAGAGAACGGAUUGUAUAGCAAUUUUGGAAAAUCUUUUCGUUCCUGGUUUUUCUCCAGGUCUUUGGAUGAAUCAACCCUGAGGAAGCAAAAUGAAAGAGUCAGGCCCAUGAAAAUCCCAGAGGGUUGGGCCAAUAGCACCGUGUCCCAACAGCCUUCCAGACACCCCAGCUUAGACUUGCACGCUCCGGAGCCAUUUUCAACAAAAGGACCGAACUUAGAUGAGGUGUUCGUAGACACAUCUUCUCAAAGACACUUGGGCUGGCUGAGAACACCUGGCACAUCAGACAACUUCAGUGGACACAAGGGAGGAGAGAGCAGGAGGAAGGAGGGGGGCAAUUUUCUGGACAUCACUGAUACCGGGGACAGUGUGACUGCUAGUAACAGCAGCGAUCCUUCUGCCAGAAAAAUAUUAAGGAGGGUUUCUGCAUUCGACUCCAACGAUUCCAACUCAGAAGACUCAAGCUUUUUGGAAGUGCAACGGGAUGCCCCCGAUUCCAAAGCCUUCAUGCGUUACUACCAUGUAUUUCGGGAAGGUGAGCUAUCCAGCCUGCUGCAGGAAAGUGUGUCUGAGCUGCAGGUUCUGAGCUCCGGCAAUGACCAUGGUAACUGGUGCAUCAUUGCAGAGAAAAAGAGGAGCUGGGAUUAAACGACAUGGCUCAAGGCAGAGGCUACGGUGGUGGCCCAUCAUCUGUUCAACUGGGCUGGUAUGGGUACCAGAAGCAGCAUCCUGUUUCAUUGUUUUCAAAUCCAGGUACAAGUUGGUACUUAAGCACUUUGAUCGCAUCUUCCUAAUUGUUGAGUAUGCACGAAGUCUGGCACGUACUGCGUCUGCUACAGGAUCUGCCUGCUGAAGUUUCAAUAAAAGAAUCUGAGGAAGCAACAGGAACUGAACUUUAAGUACAGGCUUGAUCUUCCUCCCAGUGAUGAAAUUAUUAUAAUAUGUGUAUGUCAAGCGUCAGUAUUAUCUUUUCGUUUUUAAAUAUUCUGCUGUUAAAUAUACCAUUUAAAAGCAGUUUUAAAAAAAAUAAAUUGAGUUGGUUCUCAGGUAAUUACUUAGAUCUCUGUGGGAGGAACAAGGACACCUGUUCUGUUGCUGGGAGUGUGUUUGAGGCUUGCUGUGGGGGUGUCUUGUUUCCUGACUUUGUUGCUAACUACAUCAAGUCUUCUAGUAUUGCCCAGAUGUUCUAAAUUACAUGCAAACAUCGUUUGGGAUAAGCAAUGUUAAUAAUACUGUCUUCAGUGUUGCUCUGAAGCUUCUUAAAGGCGCUGUUAGCAGAGAGUUAGUGUUAGAGCAGGCAGCUCGUAUGCCGCAGAGUCAGCAUAUAUCCACAGUACCACAGAUAGAAUUAAAAAAUAAAUAAACACACUGUUAGCAUGUAGAGAGUGUUACAUGGGUAGGAGAUGUUCUGUCCUCUGGUGACAUUUUCUCCAAAGGUAUUAGGAGCAUAAAUAGCCAACUGAGGUUGUGCCAAAAUUACCCAAAGAGUUUUCAACUAGGAAAUGCUCAUCUGAGUUAUCUGAGUCUAAUUGGAGCUGUUUUACUUUGCCUGUGGGGACAGAUCUGGAAAGUGUCAUGUCUUUAGCCUUAGUGGACACAUAAUUGGGACUUGCUGUUGCAUGCCAUGGCAUUUAUUCCCUUGAAGGUAACUGCAUUAGAUCGUUAUAUCAACAAUCUGGACAGAAUCGAAGCUUAGUCACAGGUUGAAUUUCUGCUACUCUAUAGUGCAGUGAUUCAGUGGGCAUUGUAAAAAAUCCAUGCUUUUUUUUUUUUUAAGACUAAACCAUGACUGUGAUUAAUUCUAUGUUGUGGAUCCCAAGGAACAAUUAUGAAGGAAUUAGAGACUAGACCCGGGAGAAACAAAAAUAAGUUGGCCACGGAAUAUGGUUCCAGAUAAUUCGUUAACAAGCAGAAAAUCAAAUAGUCAUUGUGCUUUCUGGACCAAUAUAAUGAUGGAGAUUAGAUUAAAAUCCAAUCUUCAUUUUAUUUUUUCUCCCACUACAAAAUUAACAAAAAUUGUAAUGGAUCAUAUAUUUAUUUGGUUGUUUAUCCUCUUCAGAGAUUUUGUUGGAGCGUAACAAAAAGGAAGCUACUUUUGAAGACAAAUUCAAAGGUGAUUUGAAAAUGCAAAAAUGUGUUUUUUAAACUUUAAAAGUCUAUCAGAUAGUUCCUGAGGUUCUUCAAGUCAAAUUUCUAUCUCCUCACCCCUGUGGUGGAAGUGGUAGGCAUGUCUUGUAAUUUUUCAUGUACAUUUUGUACAGGGAGACAUGAAAAUAGACACAGGGGUGAAGUAUAAGUUAAAAAUCUACUGUACCUUCUACUUUUCCAAGUGAAGAUAUUAAACUGUAUGUGCAGUGGCUUCCUGGGAGAAAUGGUGACUCUGAACUAGUUAGCAGUGAUGACCUCUUUAUUAUGGUUUCCCCCUUCUCUGAGGUCUGUGUGAGUUUCACUUGGCUUUGCUGCCAGACGUCUGAGCCUGACAUCGCCCUGAUUGGAAUGUGCUACUUAAAGCUUGUUAUAUGGAACCCAAUUCAUUAGGCUGUGCCAGGAUGCUGUACCAGCUAAUAUCUCUGAACAAGCUCAUAAAAUAAACAGACACCCCAUUUUGUACUUAAAGCCCUUUGGGAUGCUUAUUGGGAAGCAGAAAGAUUUUCGUACAGCAUUGACAGAGCUGGGAACACUAAUGACAGCAGCCUUGCUAAGUGCAGGAAUUCUAUGCACCCAGCCGUUUUGUUGUAUAUUAAGCAAAAUUUGUGGCUGGUAACCUUUCUUCAAGGGAUCCCUGUGAAAAGCACUUCUUGCAUUCAAUUUUUGCCUUUCGAUGAUUAAAAAGCCAUUGGAAACUAGUAUAAAUAUCUCCAUCAUUUAAAAACUUGCUCUUCUUUAGGACUGUCCUCAGAAAGAAACCCAAGUCAUAAAUGCGUACAAAUAAAGACAGUGUGUGACCAUCAGUCUUAAUCAGCUAGUGGGUAGACUUCACUGGUCUGUCUAACGUGAUCUGAAAACCUUUACUACUGUUAAGACAAAAUGAUGUUUUUCUAGAUCCUUCCUGGCAUCAACACAGAGUCCCACUGCCUGACGGAAGUGAAAGUUGGGGGAACUUAUUAGAUGCUUGUUAGAAGUUGCACUGGUAGUACCUCCCUGGCUUGUGUGGGGAGCUUUGUGGAAACAGACAAGUGAUUUGGGGGGUGAGCAUGCAUUGACAUAAACAAAAGAUGAAAUCAAAAUAAUAUUUUCCUUGGGGGCAAGUGAUUGGUGAGUUUCUCUGGGUUAUUAGGUUUUGGUAUAUGUGUGUGUAGGGGUGGGGGAUGUUGGUUGGUUGUUGGCAGUUAUGAAAUAAGACCAGAGUGCUUCAGUAACUAUAGGCUGGCUAUGCACACACGUUGAUUGUCACACAGAUUUGAUCCUUCCCCCUUGCCUUACAUCCCCAGACUGUCUAUCACUGAUUUUUGCCUAUCCAUCAUCCUGAUUCUAGAGGCCAAAGAUUCCUGUGUGUUCAACUGACCUUCAACUGACUCAGCAAAACAGUUUGAAGGUAAUGCAGAUGGGAAAUGAGCCAAAUGUAAACCAGGAAUUCAAAAUAGUACUUAAAUACUAUUUAUUGGUUACUGAACAAAUGAACACUGGUGGAUCUUUCAAAUACGUGGGCUUCCAGGAGAUCAGAAAAUGGGACCCUAGUUAUACUCACUAUGGAAGCGAAUGCCUUAAAAAUAAGGUGUGAGGGGCUAGGGAGUGGCUUACUGAUUUUAGAGUGCCUACUGUUCCUUCAAAGGACCUGAAAUUGGUUCCUAGUGCCCAUGUCAGGUGGCUUACAAUGCCUCUUUAAGUCUCCAAGAGUAACUGCACUUGCAUGUGUACAGACCUAUCCAUACACGCAUGCACACACAAACACACACACACAAAAUAUUUUUUAAAACCAGGCUAUGAACACCCAGCUCGGAUAAGGAUACUGGCAUAACUAUUCACUAAUCUGUCCUUCACAGCCUGUUCUGAAGGUGAAGAACAAAGCAAGCCAAGUCUCACUUUUCCUGAACAGAAAAAGAGGGAGCUGUAAUAAUAGCAGCUAACUUUUAUCAUUUUUAUCUGUAACCCCCAAUAGCUGUCUCAAAUAAAUAUAAUUCCCAAUUUGCAGAUAAGAAAAUCUAAGGCAGGAAAAUAAUAAUAAUAAUGUGCUAAGUUACCAAAAUCUACACAUGCAGUAAGUAUCACACAUGUAGUGAAGGCGGAGCUAAGAUUCAGUUCUAGAUGGUCUGGAUCCAGUCUGAGUUCAGAACCAGGGUGUCCUACAUGCCCUCCUGCUGGAUCCCAGGCUCUAUGCUAAGCAGGCAACCGAGUGUUCAAGGUUAACUGUGAUUGUUGCCUGCACAAAUGCAUUAAGCAGGCUAAGAAAAGACUACACGUCUUUCUCCCCUUUAUGUCUUCUUUUCAGUUUUUCACGUGUGUUUGUGUGUGUGUGUGUGUGUGUGUGUGUGUAUGUGUAUGUGUGUGUCUUUGUGGAGGUCGGAAGACAGCUUGCAAGAGUUGGUUCGCUCCUCUAAGAUCUUCAUGGUCCCUGAGCCCUCUUACCAGCCCUGUUUUGUCAUUUGUUGGUUGUUCAGUUGGUUGGUUUUAUAAAUCUCUCUCUCUUUGACUUGAAGAAAAAAAGAGAUCUUGAUCACAGAGCUCUCUAAUCACUUUCUACAAUUCUUGAAUACUCUAAAAAACAUAUCCCUAUUUCCCUGUUUUAUUAGUGAAGAACUUGGGGGCUAAUGCAGGUAUUCUAUUUUUAUUUGUUCAGAGCUGUGCAGUGUCCCCAGAUACAAAUGAUGAAAAGCCAGGACAUAUCUGGGGUAUUGGGUUGCACAUAAUAUUAAGACAUAAUGACCAAAAAUUCAAGUGUCCUGCUGGAACAUGCUUUGUAUUUGCUGUAUGGCUAUGCUCA